AUGUCUGUAGUUCCUAUUCUGAUGAUGGGUCUGGCUGUGGCCUUCUGUGUGGCGUGGCGGGCUGCCGCAUCCCAGCAAAGCGGCUCUCUAGCUCUUCGGAGCGCGCACCAGUAUUUCUACGGCUCAGGGAACCGGGUCUUGCUCGGUGAAGGCUUCCGUAACCUCACGGGGGCUUCGAAGAUGCACUGCAGCAAGGAGUGCCUGUCGGACGACCGCUGCUUCUCGUUCAACUACUGGAACGGGACCGUGAGCCGGUGCGAGCUGAACGGGGCUUCAGCCACGCGUUUCCCGCUGGCUGUGAGAGGAUGGACGGGUGCCUACUAUUGUGGGCCAGAAAAGGGGCUAACUAACGCUUGUCAACUACGUGCGCCAGCUAAAUAUGUUUAUGGUCCUGUGUUUGUGUUUCUCUUGCAGCCACUUGAUGUUGCGAGGCUCCAGUUACUGGUUAAAGCCAAAGGAAACAGGGAGGUACCUGGUUUGACUGACCGCACCUAUGACACGCAGGCAUCGGCCUCUGCCGACUGCCAAACGGCCGACCAGCAUCUCUGCGAGUUGUGGGAAGUGGACCGGGCCUACGCGGCUGGGUACGCCGAACUUAUACUACCGGCAGACACCGAUAUCUGGUACGCUGUGCCGGACAGCCAGGCGGUGGUGAACGGGAACGAAGUCACUCAACACGGCCUGCCGAUGACAACCUCUUCCCCCGGCAUCUGUUGCCUCGGGUCGCAGCUCAGCCCCCAGUACCCCAUCAUCACCAGUGAGACCUACAGUCUCCAGGAUGUCGCCGGGCAAGCACGGGGCUGCUCCGCACUGGCCUCUCACCCGUGUUCGCUACCCGAGUUGAAGGCUGCUUACCUCAGCGGUUACCGUCCACCCAGCUCUUGGCUCUAUAGCGCUGUGCCUAACCGCGAUGUGCAGCUGUACAGUAACGGAUGUGGUGACUACACGGGCUCCGAGUGUUACGAAGAUGUCGUGGCAAACACACCCAGGCCAUUUGGUUCUUCUUCGGUGUUCUGUUGUCCAAAUCUUUACCAGUAACGUAUCCAGAUUUUUCAACCGGGGCGCCAUAUUGGUAAUUUUUCUGAAAAGGCAGUGAUGGAUAGUACGUGGAUUAAGGCGGUCUACCCCCCCCCCUCCCCAAUUGCACAACAUGCAUAAUCAUGCAGAAAAACGUAGCACA